UGCCAGCGUGGAUUCCGAUUGUACAACAAUUACGAAAUAAAUAAGCCGCAAGGCCUAUCUCUUCGUUUCACGGCUCAUUCGUUCAUAUUCAAUCUUCGAAAGGUUUUGAUCAAAACGUAAUCGCAGACAAACAAUAUUUAUACACUGUUUGGAAGUUGUUGAAUAAAUAUUUCGGGAUAGUCUAGCGCUAAUGCGGUGACUUUUUUAAGCGCGCUUGUUUUAUCCCAGCAGCAGCAGACGCGUCGGGAGUAAGUAUACUGCGGCGUCUGCAGUAAAUCCAACAGAAGUGUAUCGCGGCUGCAUCCAUCGACCAAACGCCGUCAUGUUAUCUGCCGCUGAUGAGUAAUUUUAGUUUUUGGCAACAAUGCAUGCACCACGGAGCCUAUACUGUCGAGCCAAUGCGCUGGCGCUGCGCUUACGAACGCAGCCUGGACAGUGGAAUUUGGAAAGAAAUCUGCACUGUUUCGCCCGUGGCCGAUCCUUCGAAGGCCGAUUUCAGUGGCAUCCUAAACACGUUACUUUAAUACAGUACGGCAAAGAAUUCCCAUCCGGAAUAGUGUUGCGUUCAUCAUCCACCAAUGCCACCGAGGACAUCCCCAAGGAUAACACGAUUAAAGUGGAUAUCUCGCAGCUGAGUAACUCGGGAAAUGUAGACGAGGUAACUGAUCAGCUGCGCCAGCUGAAUCACAUCCGGGCACUGGUGUCCCAGCUUUAUUUGGCCCUGCAUGUGCCCGAUACGUACAAAAAUGAAAUGGAGAACAUGCAGCGCCAGCUGGAUCAAAUUCAAAGCGAAUUAAGGCCGCUGGAGGAGAAAAAAGUGGAAUUAUUGCUGCGGGCGGAAAGGCGCAGCAAAAUCUUGGCAUGGUCCGGGCUGGGAUUCAUGGGAAUGCAAUUUGGAUUCCUCGCCAGGCUGACAUGGUGGGAGUAUUCGUGGGACAUCAUCGAGCCCAUAACCUACUUUGUGACAUAUGGAACGGCAAUGUGCCUAUACGCGUACUACCUCGUAACUCGACAGGAUUACAACUUCCCGGCCGUGGCCGACCGCUGGACCGCGUUGGCUUUCCACAAGAAUGUACGCCGCGCCAAAUGGGAAAUGAAUCGCUACGUUGACUUACGCGAUAAACUGCGAAAAGUGCAGAAUGAACUGGAAAAAAUGAGCAUGCUGGCGCCCCAUACACCGUAUAAACCGCCAACAUCCGCGGCGGAUGUGAUCCAUAGCAAAGAGCAGGAGAAUGCGGCAUAAAGAAUCCCAGACACCACAGCAGUGGCGCCUGCUGCGCAGUGAUUAUUCGUCCAUGACGUACGGUGCAGCGAAAGUGUUUUUGAUUUUUCUACUCCCAUGGUGAAUGUAUGUUCUUUCUUCUGUGUUUGUUAGCAUGUAAAAAAUUGUAUUGCAGCUGGGUAAGCUCUGCUUGUUCGAGUAGCGCAUUUUGAUCGCCUUUUUAAUCGUGCACCCUUGUUGAUUUUUGUUAUACGUCGGUGUGUGUAAGUGAUAUUUUCGGAUGACGGCGUUUUCUGUCAGUUUCAACUAUCGGUGGUCUCACAUUCCGCGCUGGUAUUUAAUUUUGUAGGAGAGUUUAAAAGGUGUUAAAUAUAAUUGUGG